AUGUCGAUGCAGGAGCGUUUGUCCAAGUUGCGCGCGCUUAUGACUGAGUGUUGCGUGGAUGGGUACGUAAUCCCUUCGGAAGAUUCUCAUCAGUCCGAGUACCCCUUGAAGCCGGAUUGCCGUCGUGAGUUUAUAUCGAAUUUUACUGGUUCUUCGGGCAUUGCUUUGGUGACGAAGGAGAAGGCUUACUUGUGGACGGAUGGUCGGUACUUUCUGCAGGCGGCGGCGCAGUUGGACGGUGCGUUGUGGACGUUGUGUAAGCAAGGCACGCCUGAUUGUCCGAAGUUCAGCGAGAUCGUGGACGGCGAAGUUAAGCGUCUUGGGUUCGACCCGUUCGUGGUUAGUCGGCGUUGGGUGGAGGAGAUGAAGGGGAAGUUGCAGAAGGCGCAGUUGAGACCCAUCCACGGCGGAAGUUUCGGCAAGUCCGGGGACUGUGAGUACGAGGCCUGUCUGCAAGACAUCUGUAUCGGCCAGCUGAACCUGGUUGACAAGGUGUGGGGAGAGAGUCGACCGGCCUACCCGGCUGGUCCGAUCGUAGCGAUGACAGAGAGCGGAGAGAGCACGGACUCCAAGCUCCACAAGGUACGCAAGGCCAUGGAGGAAAAGCAUGCGGACCUGUUGGUGUUGGCCAAGUUGUCGCAGCUCGCGUGGCUCGCAAAUGUCCGAGGCACCGAUGUGGAAUUUUCCCGCAUAUUUUUGGCUUACGGAGUGGUGACCAAAAGCGACUUUACGAUCUAUGUUAAGAACGCAGAGGCCAAGGACCGUGUGCCCCUGGCCUAUAUGCAGCAGAACGGCGUGAAGAUUGUGGACUACGAUGCCAUGAUAUCGGACUUUGUGGAGACGAUUUUGAAGCUUGAGGCGCCGAACGUCUGGGUUGAUAGCGACGUGAACCUGGGGGUGUACUACGUCGCUGAAGAGGCCGUGCGGACCGUCAAGGGCUCGGUCCAAGUUGAGCAGUCGCCCGUGGAUUUGCUGAAGGCGGUGAAAAACCAGGUGGAGAUUGCCGGUAUGCAGCACGCGCACUUCCAGGACGGCUUAGCUCUCACACUGUGGCUGGCCUGGGUGGAGACACUCAGUCCGGAGGAGGUGGCCGCGUACAACGAGGUCUCGGCCGCCAGAGUUCUGGAGGAGUUCCGGAGAUUGCAGCCGAGCUUCGUGGCCCUGUCCUUCCCGACCAUCUCGGGUGUAAAUAGCAACGGCGCCAUUAUCCAUUAUCGCGCGGAAGAAGAAAGCUGCAGCAAGCUGGACCCGGCGGGGAUGCUGUUGGUGGACUCGGGCGCACACUACGUAGGGGGUACCACGGACGUUACGCGCACAGUGCACCUGGGCAAGCCCAGCGACUUGCAAAAAGAGUUAUACACUCGUGUGCUAAUGGGUCACCUCGACCUGGCCGCGGCCGUGUUCCCCCAGAACACGUACGGCUGCCAACUGGACCCCCUUGCCCGUAGACAUUUGUGGAAAAUCGGCUUCGACUACCUCCACGGUACCGGCCACGGUGUUGGUCACUCCAUGGAAGUACACGAAGCCCCCCCAAACAUCUCCAAAGUCUGUCCGCCAUCUUUCCGAGACGUACCUUUCCAACCGGGCAUGGUCGUCAGCAAUGAACCCGGCGCCUACGUCGACGGCCAGUUCGGCAUCCGAAUCGAGUCCCUGAUCUACUGCAGGACCGUCGCUGGCCCGUUCCGUUUCAACAACGUUGACUACCUCGGCUUCGACGAACUCACACUCGCUCCCUACUGCAAGAAGCUCAUCAAAAAAGAGUUACUGUCACCCGACCAAGUCAAACAAAUCAACGCCUACCACAAACGAGUUCUCCAAGCCUUCAUGCCCUUCUUCGACCCACACGCCGUCAAGACCCUCAUUCCGGAAUCCGCAGGCAAGAACUUCACUCCCAAGCUCUUCGAAGAAUGGCUCAGAGAAACAUGCAGUCCGCUCUGA